GGGAAACGCAGCAUGGAUGCGGUCAGUGUGUGCAACAGCAGAUCAGGUUGUCCUGGAUCCUACAGAUGCUUCAUGGGACGCUGAGGACGAGGACGAGCCAACAUGUCAGUCCCCACGGUAACAGACUCGUACCCGUCCCUCAGCUGGUCGGUGGUCUCUGUGACCCCGGCAGGUACGAAUGCCACAGACUGGGAGCGUGACGCCCUCCUGGUGGUGGCCGAGGUCGUGGUGCUGGCGGUCAUCUUGGUGAUGGCGCUGCUCGGCAACGGGCUGGUGCUGGUGGUGUUGGUAAGGCGGAGACGACACCACAACCCGCUGCACAGGUUCAUGAUCAACCUCUGCCUGGCCGACCUGGUGGUGGCACUGUUCCAGGUGUUGCCCCAGCUGGUGUGGGACGCUAAAGGCUGCUUUCCCGGCCCAGACUUCCUGUGUCGCCUGGUGAAAUACCUGCAGGUCCUCGGGAUGUUCGCCUCCUCCUACAUGAUCGUAGCCAUGACGGUGGACCGGCACUACGCCAUCUGCUGCCCCCUGCAGGCGCACCGCAGCGGGGCCACCGAGCGCUGGAACAGUUUCAUACUGCUGGCCUGGGGGCUGUCGCUGCUGCUCAGCCUGCCACAGGUCUUCAUCUUCUCCCGCUCAGAAGUGGCUCCUGGAGUCUACGAGUGUUGGGGAAACUUUGCGGAGUCCUGGGGCCUCAAAGCCUACGUGACCUGGAUGACUCUGGCUGUCUUCAUCCUCCCCGUCCUCAUCAUCACCGUCUGCCAGGUGCGAAUCUUCAAGGAGAUCCACAACAACCUGUACCUGAAGUCAGAGCGCCGCCUGUCCCCCGCCUCCCUCCCCCCAUCCACACGGGACAGCCGGAGAAGAGAAGGAUGGGGAGGAGGAGAGAGGUCCAAUCUCUCCCUGUACGUUUCCCCUCUCAUGUUCAACACCCCCGGGAGUGACAGCAGCUUUCACCCUCCUCCCAUCUAUCAGCACCCGCCCAUGGCUGCACUCAGGUCACCCUGUGACACCUACACAGCUGAUUACCCAGUUUCCGAUAAAAACCUCGGCUUCCUGUCGGUGGCGCUGCAGCCUGACGUGCUGCCCGGCCCUGCGGCCUUCUCUGCCGUCUGCCCCCCCCCACCCAAAGCCCCCCCGGCCCGGGGUGGAGGGGUGUCAGCGGCCAUGUCGAAGACCGUGAGGAUGACGCUCGUCAUUGUGCUCGUGUACUCGCUCUGCUGGGCCCCCUUCUUCAGCGUCCAGCUGUGGGCCGCCUGGGACCCCGACCCACCUCAGACCAGUGCAGUGUUCACCCUGCUGAUGCUGCUGGCCAGCCUGAACUCGUGCACUAACCCCUGGAUCUACUCGGCCUUCUCCAGCAGCGUGUCUCCGGAGCUCCGCCUGCUGCUGCUCUGUCGCUCUCCCUCUCAGCGCCGGGGCUCGUUACCCAACGACUCCACCACCACCACCACACACACAUCCAACUAG